AAAGGUCAGUGGCGCGUCUCUUUCUCCCGUGUCUCCCUCUCAAGGUUUUUCCGGGCCGUGACGGUGAGUUCUCGGGCUUUCCCCCCGUCACACGGCCAUUCGCAGCUUGCUCCGAACCUUGAAGGUUAGGGUAUGUAUGUAUACGUUCGUGGUAUGUACGUUAGAUACGCUGGAUACAUAUGUGUACGUAGAAUUUGGCGAUAGCACGGCGCAUCGUAGUGGUGCGAUGGGACGCAUCGCGUUCACGGAUGGCCAACAGGUGGAACGGCUCCAUGACGUCCAUGACGUCGUUGACAGGACGCCGCGCGUCUCUAUCGACACUUCUAUCGUCGUAUCGGCGAGAGAUAAGAAAAUGUGUCACUGCGAUGUUAUCGGGUCAGAGUGACUGUUCGAUACGCAAGAUCUAAUGUCACGAGCGCAGGUGCGUGUGGGUGGUCGUGCUCGUGCAGGUCUGUCCCUCGUUGAACAGAGUAACUCCAGAUAUUUCGCCGGACGGAGCGAGGGUCACUCUUCACAGCCUUCUGCUCUUACAAGCGUGAGAACUACCUUACGCACGAUUUACGAUUGACGUCUCAGUGUUCGAUUUGUCAGUCUUUUAGGUGCGACGAGCCAGGAUUCUGCCUCCUCGGCAUUUUCUUCAAAUUCUUCUUACAUAGGUCUCUUGCCGUUAGUAAGUAGAUACUUGAUAAGCGAGAGAGAAAGAGAGAGAGAGAGCGAGAUCCAAUUCAGAAGAGUGAGAGAUCUACUGCCAUUCUAGCUUUAAGGCCUGUGUUGAUUACUUACAAAGUUUUAGCAAGACAUAAAACAUAAUUUACUGACGCCUAUCUGAUGUUUACUUUACAGAGGUUUCAAAUUGUUAAGGAUGCCGACUAAUCGGGAAGGCGAGACAGCAGUGACCAUCCCACUGCAGUAUAAUGAAGCUCAUUGGAAAGCUAUUUUUGAGAAGUAUGAUCUUGACGGAGAUGGAAAAAUAUCGCUACAAGAGUUAAAAGCAAUGAUACGUGGUCCAGAAUUUUCUAAAGACAUCCCUGCUGGGGUAGUCCGCACGAUAAUGCAUAAAGCAGAUCUGGAUGAUUCCGGUUACUUAGAAUAUCCAGAAUUCAUAGCAAUGAUCCACAGAAAGGAUAUGCAGGGUAUAUUCGGACACAUUGUGCAACGAUAUGUGCAGUGUGUGAUACCUCAACGACCAUGCCGCACAUUACGACAAACUUCCGUGGGCUCAAGGUAUUAUCCCCAGCGACAAUUCAGUACUGUAAUGCAAGCAUCACCAGCGCCUGUGAUUAAGUAUCGUAGUGGUUCUCCUUUGAGAAAAAUAGCAACCUUUGGUGUCCUUGAUUCUUCCCGGGCUGUUGUGAUUGAAAGAAGCCCUUCUGCACGUUUUAAUGCUUUACAGCAACAAACAAGUACAAUAACAGAAUCUUCUCUGUACUCUAGCGACUAUCCAGAUGGGCUGUAUGAAGAAGAGUACAGUUGUCGACCGCCGGCUAUAGCAAUGAUAAUCAUAUCGAUAAUAGAAAUCAUUUUGUUCAUAUAUGAUGUGAUUAAGCACAAAUCUCUUUCUGUAGAAGGACCAGCAGCUACUUUAUUUAUUUAUAAUCCGCACAAGAGGUACCAAGCCUGGCGAUAUCUAACAUAUAUGUUCGUACAUGUAGGAGUUUUCCACUUGGUCGUUAAUCUCUUGGUACAAAUUAUGUUGGGUAUUCCACUGGAAAUGGUCCAUAAAUGGUGGAGAGUAUUGAUAAUAUACAUAGCUGGAGUACUGGCCGGUUCCCUCGGUACGUCCGUUUCAGAUCCAACAGUUUACCUGGCUGGUGCCUCGGGUGGUGUGUAUGCAUUAAUCACUGCCCAUGUAGCAACUAUUAUAAUGAACUGGUCGCAAAUGGAAUUUGCCGUGCUACAGCUAUUAGUGUUCCUCGUUAUUACGAGUGUUGACGUCGGCCAAGCCGUAUACAAUCGUUAUGUUCUUGAUACCAAUGAUCAAAUCGGCUAUGUGGCUCAUUUGGCUGGUGCUAUAGCAGGUCUUCUAGUAGGUAUAAACAUCCUUCGAAAUCUCGAGGUACAAACUUGGGAAAAAGUUAUUUGGUGGGCCAGCAUAGUUACUUUCACGGGUCUUAUGACCACAGCUAUUUUAUGGAAUAUAUUGUAUCCCUCGUAUUACGAUUGAUAAUAUUUAUAUCAGUAUUUAUCUCGUUCGAAUUAUUUAACGACGCACAACAUGCGCGCGUGCGUACGCGCCACACACACAUCGAUAGAGAGACAAAUAUUAUUACUGGAAGAAAAAUAACUUGCCUUGAAAUUGUAGGUAUAUGCAUAAAUGCUACAUAUUUUUAUAUGUUCAGAGCUGGGAUUUAGUUGCAUAUUUUGGCCGAUUUUCAGCUUGGUUCCUGCCCCUUAUUUCAUUAACCCGCACGCAGCCUAAAUACCGAUCAGAAUUAAGCUGAAAAUAGGCCGCAAUGUGCAACUAAAUCCCAGCACUGUAUU